AUGAAAAUUAUUGAUCCCAAAGAAGAUAGUAAUAAAAAUGAAAGUCAAAUUGAAAGUGGUAAAAGGGAAAUGACUAUUAAUAGGAUGCCUGAGGAUGAAGUGACACAAAUAAAAAAUGAAAUUAUAUCUGACAAUUCUGAUGAAAACGCUGUUAAGUUUAAAAGCGAUGAUUUGAUGAAGGAUAAGAAGACAAUAAAUAGCAUAAUGAAAAUAAAAUGUCGUAUUAAACAUCCCAU